AAUACUAAAUUUUCUUAAUUUCUUUUAUGUUUUUCUAAUAAAAAAUUAUUAUAAAUAUCUUUUAUAAUAUAUCAAUAAUCGAUUGAUUAUAUAAAACCAAUGAAAAAAUAAAGAAAAUUGUAUGAAAAAUUAAAAAAAGAAAAAAUACAUCAUAUUUUGUGUGUGUGUGUUCGUUGUGUUAAGUGAGAUUAUGGCCAAGCCCAAAUGUCUUCUUCGUUCAAACCUUUGUUUUAUCAAAAAUGAAGAUUAAAUUCAAUAAAAUAACAAAAGAAUUUAAUAUAAAAUAAUCAAAUAAAUAAAUAAAAUUCAAAAUGGCAGAUUAUUUAAGUAGCACGAUGGAACCCGAAUUGGAUUUGGGAUUUCCGCAGGCAGACAAAUGGAAUGCUACCAAAAACAUUCCUUUGGAAAAUCUCAAAAUGGAUGCGCUAAUGAUAUGGCUCCUGUGUUCUCUGCUAACUUCAAUCACCUGGGUCACAUACAUUACAUUCUACAAUUCCCGAGUUGUUGGCGUAAUCGUUACAAAAAUUGUAAAUCGAUGGUUCUUCAAAGGCACAUAUUUCAAAAUUGGUUCACUUUCCCUAAAUCCACUUGCUGGAAAAAUAAUGUUCCGUGAUUUCGUUUACGUAUGUUUCGACUAUUCGGUUCGAAUUCAAGAUGGAUAUUUUAUAUUCCGAUGGUGGCGAUCAUAUGUUCCCAAGGAUGUAUCAGAAGAUUUAUCACAUUCUGACACGAGACUUUCUGUCCAAUUAAAUGGAUUCGAGCUUCAUAUCUACAAUCGAUCUGAACUUUAUGAUCAUUUAGAGAAAACAUUUGGUCUAAAACCAUCCAUGUUUAUUCCGGUAAGAAAUACAAUAGAAAAGAAGAGCUUUGAAACUAUAUCAUUCUUUCGUUUACAGACGGAAAAUCUCUCAGCCGAGGAGCGUAACAAAAUCAAAGAGCAUGCCAUGAAUUUGGAAAAUUCCAGGCAAACUGCGGCUGCUUCAUUUAGCAAAGAAAGUAAAAAACGUUCCGAAGCUAUGGCAGCCACAACAUGGAGGGAUUUAAUUCCGGUUAUCAAAAUUGACAUUUGCUCUGGUCGUUUUGUCUUCGGCAACAGAUUGACACCGACUACACUAUCAAUUUCUGUGGAAGAAGCACAUUGCACUUAUAGUACAAAACCAGCUGUCUGUCGGUUGGAUCACUUUAUGCAUUUUGUCAAAGCAAAAGUCGAGAAUGCCAAAGUAAUGUUUGCACCAAGUCCAAAAUAUACUGGAUUAGUUGAUGAACCACCAAGAUACAUGGGUGAGGGUUUCGUUGUAAUGAUGUCCAAUUGCAUGGAUUUGUAUUUCUAUAUGGACGAGGCAGGAGUUGUUCCCGAUGAACCAGUACACCUCACUCUAGCAAAUGGUGACAUAGUUGAACCCUCUCCACCAGUUUGGGGCAUUGACAUUAAAUGCCAAAAAGGAACUGAUUUCAGCUAUGGUCCCUGGGCCGAUAGACAACGUGACCAUCUGUUCAAAUUCUUUUUCCCUCCGGACUGGCAAAAAAUGAAAGAAACACCCGCACCAUUGCCAGGAGAACUCCGUGGUUAUCAGUCAUUCGAUGUUUGUCUAUGUGUCCUGAGUGAAGCUACAAUUGACAUACUUUUCUCCAAAGACAAAGAAACCAAUGCCAUGCAUAUAACAGUUGGUCCAGCAUCGUACGUAGAAGUAACAAUACCCUGGGUCAACCAGGCUGAUGGUUAUACAUCAAAAAUUGCCGGCCAAUUAUUUCACGUGGAGGCAACGACAAGUCUACAAUAUCGCAGCUUAGCCGAAUUGGAAUCACUAGAGUAUAAAGUACGAAUCCACUAUCCAAAUAAAUGGAAUGACAGUCAAGACUGGAGUAUUAAUCUGACUGGAUGUAAAGCAACUGCUUUUAUAGUCUACAAGCAUAAAUGCUUCUUCCAGGAUCUUAUAGAAGAUUGGGCAAAUAAAUCAAGACCAGAUAUUCUCAGCUUUGUGCCAUACACUUGCAAAUUUACAAUUCUCCUUAAUGAAUUUGAAAUUCUCACCCUGAGUAAUGAAUACAAUUGGAUUGAUUGUUCAUCAGCAAAUCAAGAGAACCAUCAUUUGGCUUUCUGUGGAGAUUUAUUCGAUCUAAGUUUUGCAUUGCCAUUUGAUGAUUUCUUGCCACAAACUGUAACACUUAGAUUUUGGAUACAUGGCGAAGGUUUGGACUUGAGUAUGUAUUUGCCAGAAGUUUCUUCAGCAAGGCCAAUAGUUUUGGCUAUUGACGAGAAUGCAAGACUGCUAACACGAGGUGGAAAGAUAAAAAAUCGACCAGAAUUAUAUUCGAAAAAAUGGCGAAAGAUAUGCCAACGAAGUGCUGGUUGGAUAGAUUGUUGGACUGUGCCAAUAGUUGCUUUGUCAAUUCAGUAUAUUUAUCAUCCAGUUCCACCACAAGGUCCUGAUCCACAAGCUGAUAUUACAACACCGGAAAAGGAAGAAAUACUACUUAGUCCAAUGAGAAUACCUAAAAUACGAAAGUCGCCAGUUGCGAAUUGGCAAAGUGAAUCGUAUAAAUUUGAUCCGGCAACAUUACCUGCUGAUCAGGUGACGGUGGAACUUGAGAUUGGAUCGUCGGUGAUGAUGGCUUAUGGAAGUGUACUAAGAAAUUUUUAUAAUUUAAAGGAGAACAUUUUUGGUGAAGAUCAGAAUUUCACCGACAUGGAACAAUCUAAUGUACAAAUGAAAGAAGCCACCGCAACAAAUCCAAAAGAUCAACUUCUUGGUAAAGACAAAGACGUUGCUACAAAAUCCAUAUCGGAGGUUACUGUUCCGGAAGAGAAACAAAAACCUUUUGAUCCGCGUUUGUAUAGGCCAUUGGAAGUUGUUGUGUCUGUGAUUAUUCAUGAUAUUCAAGCUCAUUUAAUGAAGAAUUGUAAUGAUAAUGAUCCUCCAUGUCCUGUGAUACUCAUCGAACGACUUGGUUUCGAAAUGAAUAAACGAUAUACUGGAACUGAAUUGCAGGUUUUAGUUAGUCCAUCGUAUUUAAUAACUUCCGAUGCACUUGUUCGACCGAAUCGAGAUAAGCACAUUAAUCAAGGUCAUUUAUUGUUGUCUGCUGUUCAAGUCCGAGGACAUGCAAUGUUUAGCAAUGAAGGAUGUGCUCUUGACGAAGAUACAUUAGAAUACUCUUGGUUGGUUGAGAUUCAAUUGGGAAAAUUGUCUGGAAAGCUUACUGUGCCACAGCUUGUAAACACCGUUGUUGGAUUGGAAACCCUCAUUCUUCUCGCUGUUGAUCCAGAAAACUGUUUAAAAUCACCAAAAACUGUCCGCAACUGUCAUCAUGGCGUACCUAGCAAUCAAUGUCCUCAAACCAAAGAAGAAAACAAAUACAAAUGCCCAUCAGCUGAAGACAUUAAAUAUAAAAUGACCAGAGUCUCAGUGGAUGCUGUAGAUGUUUAUCUAAUUGAAAGUGGAACAGCUCUGCAUACUUGGAUCUCACCAAUUCGUUUGGCUACUUGUAAUCUUCAUGGACAACGUGUGAAAUCUGGCAUUUCUGGUUUACUUCCAUCGAUACUUUUGCGCUUAUUUAUGCUGAACAAUGGUUGUAAUACAAGCAUGGCUACAUCUUACAGUAAUACCAAUACCGCAGGAAGUAAUCGUUCUGGAAAACAUCGCAAAGACGACAGCAAAAGUGCUGAACCUCAAAUCAAACCGAAACGAAGUUCAAAUUCGUUUUCACAACGUCGCGACUCGAAAGAGGAUGGUUCUCGGAAACUUCGAGAUAGUUAUUCGGAUGUCAAAAGAUGUUCUGAGUCGGAACUCUUUGAAAAUUGGUUAGAAGUUGGGUGUACUUCAUUGGGCCCAAUUUUAUUGGAAGGAGCAUCAGCUCUUCCAAUUCCAGAUCAUAAAUUGCAUAUAGUUCAGCAUAAUUUCCUUCGAGAACAUGAUGUUAAGUCGAAACGUCUUUGGUUCCUUUGGUCUGGCAACAAUGCCAGCACAGAGAUUGCACGUUGUGGGUGUAUAGGUGGAUGCGCAUUCUUUGGAAGUAAUCGCAAUGGGAUGAAGUUUUUCAAGCCAUCUGCCCAGGAUGUCCAAGACAAUUACAAUAUUGCCAGAUAUCACGUUAUCGAUAAUCCCAAAGAUUUUGGUUUUGGUGAGAGUAUUUUGCAUGAAGGGCAAUUGGUUUUCCAUACCCCUCCGUACAGCUUACAAACCGUAUCCCUUCAUGAUAAUUCUGAUUUCACUGGAAAAGGAAAACAUUAUCGUCCAGCAAUGGAUAGUCGAAAUGGUGGCAGUUUGAAAAAAUCAGAACUUUCUACCAAAGACAUUGGUUCGAGCAAAUUUAAAGUACCCGAAAAACCAAACGACAUUAAUGGACGAAAAUCACGUGAAAGUGUUGGAUCACCAAAUACUUUAGAAAGACGUAGCCAACGGUAUUCAUUCACUACCACUAGACAAAAUUCUGUAGAGGUUCCAUAUGCUCGACUAUUAGAUAGUCCAUCGAAAAAAGUCUUGCGUCAAGAGUCAAAUGAAUCACAAACUAUGUCUUUAAGGCGGGGAUCGGAUUCAAAAACUCAAAGUCUAAGAGUAACACCUCCGAAAACAAGUGUAUCAGAUUCACGAUUGACUGGGGAUGUUAAUGUCGAAGAUGAAAUUGAUAUGCCUGAAGAAAUGUCUCAUUCCGCACCACAUUCACAUCCACUCGAGUUUGAAGUUGCUGACAUUCCAAGUCAUCAUACUGAUUUAAGUGGUGAUAGUUUGACAAGAGAAGUCCAGAGGACUAUAUCACUAACAUCGGAAAAUCCAUCUGAGAUGUUUUUCUCCGCCGAAGAAGAUAUUUCAAAUGUUAUAUCACAAGGAUCAAUGAAAAAUCGCAAUGGUUCUAUUGUUUUCUCAGGAAAGAAACGAUUUUCGUCGGACUUGAGCAUUGGUGCUCAAAAUGAAGUCGGUGGCCUCACACUAUCAACAUUCCGUAGUGAUUUAGAAAUUCAUGCUCCUCCUGAAAGCAACAACAAAACUCUACCAAAACGACCCCAAAGCACAAUGGAGUUGAACGAAGACGUGAGACGCAUUCAUGGUCUUGCAACUCCACUUAGAAAACUAACAAAUAUCUCAUCACGACCAGAGUUUCGCCAUUUCGUACAUGAUAUUUCCAAACAGGUUGAUUCGCGUGCCUCGUCAUCGGAGACUCCAUCUUUAUCGUCGAAUUCAUUUAUUUCAGCAAUGUCUUCACAAGAAGAUGUUGCACUUAUAAAUCUUCAUAUGCAAGUUAAUCGUCCCAUUAUUGAUUCUCCAUUGCUAAUGGCCAGCUAUCUGAAUCAUUUGUCACAAGUGAAAUGUUUCAAUUGGACAGCAUGUUCGUUUCCCUCGGGUCCAGAUGUAUUUUCGACACCAUUAUUUCAUGAGAACGAAGAAGGUGGUUUGACUUAUAUUGGAAGCAAAAUGAUACCACAUUUUGAUUUAUACUCAAGUUGGAAGGAAAUAAAAGUUGUUCCCCGUUAUGAGAAUAGUUCGGGGAGUAGCAGUUCGACGACUUUUAUUGGUGGACCUAAAAGUCAUCCAUGGGAUCCAAGUGUUUUGCUUAAGGAAGAAGAAAAUGAAAAAUCAACAAAUGGUUUUGAUGAUGGAGAGUUUAUGAGUUUGCAAACAGAAUCGGCAUCGUGUACAUCUGUUGUGGCGAGAUUGAAGGGACAAGUGAAUGUGUUUUUGACACCACUUAUGCUCGAGGGGUUACAAAGAAUGGUUGAAGCCACAAUACCAACGAUAUCUUCAAUGCAUCUUCUAUCUGUAGUUAAUUUUAUCCAUUCAUCUUGUAUUGGUAAAGUUAAAAACGACAACAUCUUGAAACGUGACCAAAGUCUAAGCUACUGGUCACAGGUUCAUUCUAAUUCCAAGCGUUCCACAACGGAAAGGAAUCUUCUAGGUCCUGGUGAUUCAUUUUUAAGUGAUGUCUACGAAGAGAGUAUCUCGACAAAGACUCAAGGCUUAAUUGUUUUGCCAAAAGUCAGUAUCACUUUACUUCAAUCGUCAAUUAUUGAAGAAGUGAUUUCUGUUGCAGCUUUGGAUAAUGUUCAGGAUCUAAGCUGUGUGUCUUUAUUGACAUUCUACAUAGAAGGAGUUUCAACGAAAUUCCAUUUGGGCAAGACAACAAGAGCAUCAAUGCAUAAUGUUUAUAUUCAACAAACUGUUCGAUCUGGAAGUAACAAUAAAAAAGGUGGAAUUAUGAAAGGCACUCGAGCCCUGUUGGCUCAACUUUCGUCCCAAACGCGUCCCGAUAACAUUCAAGGUGAACCCAUAUUGAUUGAAACAUCCGAGAAACAGCUCGAAGAAUUAGUUAUAACUCUUGAUAUCGGUCGAGCUCAUGCUAAAUUAAGACGACUAAAGACCGAAUGCAUGUUGCCUCUUGAAUCUUCGGUAAUUGUUACUGCAAUUCCCGAACAUAAAAGCAAAGCUAUGUUUGAUUGCUUGAAAAUGCCUGAAAAUACCGGAAUUGAUAGUAUUGGAUUUAUUAUGUUUGAAUGUGGUUUAGAAGGAGUUGGUGUGAAGAUCGUUAAAAGGUCUCAUUUUGAAAAGUCUGAAAACACCAAGGAAGAUAUUGAUAUGCGAAAUCCAGCAACUGGAGUAACGAAUUUAAAUAUAAAUGAUUUUGUCGGUAGUACAACAACAGCUACAGCAGAUUCUUCAAAUUCGAAAGCCGAAUCAGCUUGGAGGUUAAUAACAAAGAAACCACCAACUCCAAAGACGCCAAAAGAGAAAUUCGCACAUGCUCUUGAAAAUAUUAUCAUUCCGGAUAGGGAAGGACCAGAUACAAGUCGUCCUAAAGCAGGCACAAAAGCAACUGACGAAGAUGUAGAAAAAGGAAAAGGGAAAAAACCUGAGCAAUUUGACAAGGUUGUACCGAAUGUCAAAGAACAAGAUAAAACAUCUUCUUGUGUUAUCGAUCUUAAAUCAGUUUGGUUUAAUUUUGCUGCUCCGCCCUGUGUACCAAUUACUCGAAAAAUUGAUUUUACAAGACUCGACUGGAACCUGCUAAGUACAGCUUCGCCAGCUAUAACGGCAUGGAUGAAUCCUAGCAAUAGAUUGGCUAUUAAAAUCGUCUCUUUAACAAGAGCUCUUCAUACUCGACAUACUUCUGUGGCUGCUUGUCUUAUGGCAGAUGCUUUGGAGAACGAAAAAAUUCGCAAGAUCAAAAAGAGUCGCUACUCAAGCAAUUACACACUCUUGUCCAAAACUCUUCAAGAAGAUCCAAGCUGUCAGCUAUGUACAAUCAUGCAAAAGUUGGUACUUGAUGAAGGUGUACAAAAAAUUGAACACAUAUUCAAACAAGGAGAUAUUCCACAUUUGAAUACACUUCGACAGGGAAUAAUUGUUUUAAGUCGACAAUGGAAAAAUACUCUGUACAAUCCAAUACUGUUUGAACAUCAAUACAAAAAUAAACUAGCCCGUCCAACAAAUGUAACCUUUUCGUUUGCUCAAACUGAAGAAGAAUGCGAUGAAGGUGAAUGUGAGGGUGAAGGAGACAUCGGUGCUUACAAUACAGCUGGAGAGAAUCCAGAAGAGAGUGAGAAUGCUUUAUUACUUGGGCAAGCACAGCAUCGAACUCAUAUUGAUUCGUCACAAUUUGGAUUGGGAUUCCCGAAUGAAGCUGCAAAUGUACAAGGAUCUGCAUCAACUUCACCACACUUGCAACCAUCUAGAAAAGGACACCUUAAAUCGUCAAACUUUUCACAUGGAAAUUCUUCUCGCUCUAGUAUUCAAAUGCUUCCAAUUAUAUCGGGAUUGGUUGAAAAGCAAGUGCCAGAAAUUGAAUAUGGAACUCUACAAGAAGGAUCUUUAAGUUCUACAAAUUCAGUGAAUAAAUUCUGGUCGGGAGCUGAAAAUCAAAAGGAGGAUCUUUACUUUUGGAUGGCCAAACAGCAGGAAAUAAAGAAGAAACUAGAUGGCUUAUCUGACAAGGAAAUAAUUCGUCCAGCACCAACAAAAAUUGCCGAACAAUUCCCUACUCGUGGAAUUUUCCAAGAUUCAAUAAAACUUCUCGAUGCACAUUUAAUCUUUGAACCUCUCCUAACAUGCUUGGGUGUAAUGCCUCAACAAAUGGUGAAUAAAAUUUCAAAUGCUGACAUAUCAUCUUUAGAAAACUUCGGAACAAAUCUUUCUCUAAUUGGUACUUUUGAUUCAAUUCGAGUUGAUAUUGUUGUGAGCGAAGCAGGCGAUAAGAAAAAUAAACCUACUAAAAUGAAUAAAAAAUCAAAUGGACGACCAUCAAUUAUCUUAGAUACUCCAUCGUUUCUUUGUGAACGUGUAGGCAUUGAAUUGGAAGUUUUAAAGAUGUCCGAUGGUAUGGUUGAUCAAGCUCGACAAAAUGUUAUCUACAUGUCGAGAAGGCAGUUGAAGAAACACACGAGCACAGUGAUCAAUUUUAGUCUAAAUAUUCGAUUCAUAUCACAGCAGGUUAACAUGCCCCUGCUACGUCUUUUGCAUCAAAUAAGCAACAUGUAUCAGAAUGUUAAAGAUGCCCAAAAUGAGUUCCAUGAUCAACCUGAUCUCAGCAAGAAGUCAACUGCUAAAGAUGAAUGCAGUUUAGCUUCUGAGCCAAACGACAUCAUGCCAUUUGGUUCUAUAUCUGACCGUUUUACCCACAACGAGAAUUCUUCUGAUGAACGAUAUGAUAAAUUCAAUGAGAUGAUUGGUUUACCAAAUUCUAUAACUAACAGCAAAACUCGAGUGGUAGGUAUUGGACCUUUAAUUCAGCUAACUCCAUCACCAAAUGCUAAAAAUCGUCCACAAAGCUUUGCCCAAAAGUUACGUUCCACUGGAAAAUCUGUCAAAGGUAAACUGGGAUACACCAACCUAACUGAAUCGAGUUCAUCUCCACUUCGUGACAGUCCAACCACAUCGGUUAGUGAACAUCAAAUGUUUAAGCUUUCCCUGGAAUCAAAGGCUUCAUACAAUGGCCUGAGUGUGAGUGCUGAUUACCAAGGUCUUGGUAAGAAUGGCAUAAAUGGGUCUCUGCCACCAAUGGAUACACCAAAUUGUUGGAAAACCAUAUUCCAUUUGCUGGAACUGUAUGGAACAAUGCCAGAAACAAAAACUGUUCAAAGCUACUUUCGCAGGACAUCUAUGUCUACGGAGCCGAAUGAUGCAAAUAAACAUGCGAAGAAGAAUGCGUUUGUUUAUAUGCGUCAUGAAAAGGAUGAUGAUGAUUUGACUAAUGCACCAACACCUCUGCCACAACAGAGGGAGCUUAUAGAGAGCACUAUGCAAGAGAGAACACGUUUGAUUGUUUUUGGAGUGGCAAAGAUACAUAAGACUCGUCUUCUUGCUAUGUUAAGUGGAUUAAAGCUUGAAGCGGAGAUAACAACAUUGAAUAGCAGCGCAACAUGGCGCAAAAAAGCCAGACCAGUAUCAUUGGAAUGUUCAUUAACUGGUCAAGUAGGCAGAGCAAUGAUUGUUUUGUUAGAAGGGGUUGCUCCUAGUCAACAAACUGUGGUCAAAGUGACUGUCGGCAAGAGUCAAACACUCUAUUCAAGUUUGACAAAACGCGGCAAGGAUAAAAACAGUGGUCUACUUUCUAUUGGGCCAGUUAAUAUAGAAAUUCCUCAGCAUCCUGUUGCAUUGCAUGGUAUGAUGACAAGGAGUUCAAAACAAUUAUCAUCGACUUUACAGGAACUUCGAGUUGGAAGAAAUUCAGGACGUCCUCCAAGACAACAUGAAGAACCUGAAUCACCAUUCCAUGUGCGUGAUCAAAAGAAACGUCCACAUUCACAAAAGAAAUUCCCAUCUACAAUGAAAUCAACUCAGCCCCAGAAUGGACUACUUCAGCCAUUGGUUAUGCAGUUCAAUGUGCUUUUGCAAAGUUUAUCUAUAAAUGCAGCAUUAUUACCAUCGCUGCAAGCUCAAUAUCGAAUGAAUCAUGUUAGUUCGACUGGAGUUACUGGUCAUAGAGCGAAAUUUGUUAUUGAUUUGCCAACGCAUACAUUGAGUUUUACCACAAAAAUUCAGAAUGAAAUUAAUUUACCUUCAGAAGCUUGUAUCGCUCUGCCUCCAGUGCAUGUAAGCGCUGAAUAUAUUCCAGAAAAUAGACAAGAGGAUACCGAAAUCGAUGGCAUUAUCCUUCGACAAGGUGGUUAUGUAAAUGCAUCUGCUGAAAUUGGUGAAUUCGAACGAUGUCUGACAACAGAUCUUCUCAAUCAUCUCGUCUUUGUUCAAAAAGUUUUCAUGAAAGAAAUCAAUGAAGUCUUACAAAAAGUUUACGGUGGUGAAAAACCAGUGCCACUUUGGUCAGAAGAUAGUGACAGUGUUCAAGAAUCUUCACUGAAACGAAUACUUUUUUCAUUAAAUAUAUCAAUGAAGCGUAUUCAACUAACAGCAACAACACCCUGUUCAUCGGCUGUUCGUUUCGAAACAGGAACACUCGAAUUGCAUCUAUCAAAUCGAGUGAAGAAUGUUGGAGAAGGAAAUGAUAGAAAAAUGUUUGGCAAAGCACACAUUGAUUUUAAUCUUUCUUUGGGACAAUUAAUUAAAAAUGUAAUAUUCGACGAGGCAGAGCCUGAAUUCCAACAAUAUGCAUUUUUCCACACGACAAUUGGUCUUCGAAAUGCAUUCCAGGAUGAAUUAUUAAAUGAAGACAAGGAGCUAAUUCUACUCAAACUCAAGCGGCCAUUGAUCUACAUUCAACCUGUGGCUGUAGAUAAAGCCAUUCUGGUUUGGCUGAAUUACAAGAAUGCCUACGAAUAUUGGGCUGAGAAAAGGGCAAAUUUGAAUUAUGAUAAUUCAUAUGGAAAUCAAAUGUUUGAUCGAGUUCCUUUCGGUCAAUUCAGCAAUAUUGCUUCAUCGAAUCUAUCGACUCUGUUUUUGCAACUGACGGUGGAAGAUAUGGGCAUUUGUUUGCCACUCAAUCAAGUUGCUCAGUCUUGGGGCACCAGAUCGUAUCAAGAUUUCGAACCUAAAGGAGCUGUUGUCAUCACUCUCGAGAAUACAAUCAUCUCAGCUUGCAAUUCUGGUUCACUUGUGUCCAAAGGUCGAUUCUCUGGCCUUUGUUUGCGAUUCGCUGACGACUUUGAAACAACUCUUGACGACUGGAAACCAAAUAUGAGCGACACAAAUAUAAUGAAUUUGUGUGUUGUAUCAGAAGGUACCUAUGAAGUUUGUUCUAGAACAGCAGCAGCCAAGAAAGGAGAAAAUGCCAAAUGGCUUUUGAAUGUGAAAUGGCAAAUGGAAGGUGUUGACAUCCAUUUGGACAUCAACAUUGGCAAACAAUUAUCCUCGCUAGGUCAUACUCUGACAAUGCUCACGGGGUCAGAAGAUGAAGAGACUAAUAUUGAAAGUCCGGAUAGCGAUGAAGGUGAUCAAAGCUAUAAAGAGACCAUAAUUCGUCGAAGAGAUUUCGAGAAUCUCCCAUCGUUUGUGUUUGAUCCAUCGAUUGAUUCGAAAAAGCGAUCAUUUAUGAUGGAGAAGGAAAUGGCUGAGCAAUUGAAAAUCAUAAAUGAUUUGCGAACAUUAGGAGCUUCACAUAAUACUGUGGCGCAUGAAGAACGUCGAUUACAAGAAUUACAAGCACUGUGUUAUAAGUACUUCCGUCGUGAUAUUAUACAAAAGUUUAAACGACCAUCUAUUCGACGAUCGACGCUUAAGAAUACAAAUCGUUCGUAUUCAUAUGUUGGUCCUUCGUUGAGUAAGGAACCAUUGGAUGACGUUUACAGCAAGAAGCUCGAUACGAUUGCUUCGAAUGAUGAGAUAUCAAGUUUGCAGAGUACACCAGCAUCGGGUUGUUCGAGAAGUGCUUCGCUAAGAGCUUGUGGUGCAAAUCGAGUUACUUUCUCGGAGGCAAUGAGACAAACUUCGCUUCCAAACGCCGAUACUGAUAACGAAAUGCCAGAUAGCGAUGUCGACUGGAAGGGCUUUGAUCACCAAUCACCAUCUGAAAUAGAUAUUGAUGGAACAUCGGUAGAAAUGCGCAAGAAACAUGGAAGUUAUCUACAAAAACAACAGGAACCCAACAUUGAUUUUGAAUUGGACAUUAAAGUCCUAGUGAAUUCUGGAAAGUGUGUUCUUCAUACAAAAGAGUCAACAGAAGAGCGAUUUAUUGUCAGCGGUCCAACAACUGUGAAAACUCACAAACGUGAACGAAGCAUUGGCAACGACUGGGGCAGUCCGACACCUUCUCGGCGACAGAGAGACAAAAGCAAGAUGCGUUACAAUCCAAAUAACCAAGUUCUCUCAGAUCUAACCAUCUUUCAUAUACCCGGCUUGGAUGUUAAACUGCACUAUCAAUCCAAGACAAUUGCCGAAGACCCAGCCACACGUCUGGCAUCGGGUGAUAGUCAUUCUAUGUUCCGUAGAACUGGCAGUAAAAGAGCUGCCCUAUUCGCUUGGAUGACUUUACAGAGUAUUCCUGAAGAAACUAUUAUCUCACCACAUAUUUUAGAAUUCUUAGAGCAAACACUUGAACCAAUUCCAUUUAAGGCUGAUAGUAGCUCAGCAACAUCAUCAGCAGCAAAUCCUGUAAACCUGGAUAUUUUGCCAACAAACUACGUGACAUAUGCUUCGUUCCCAGUUGAUGUUAUAGUUUACUUCCAUAUGCAACCGUCGGCAUUUAGAUUCUCCUGUUUGCCAGUGUCCAGAGUAGAGUGCAUGUUGCAACUUCCCAGUUUGGAUAUAGUUUUCAGUUCAAAGCGAUCCGAAGAUGACGAUAAGGCUGGAGCAGAUGAUGCAGAGAAAGCUGAAAAAGAUAAGAUUCCAUCAGGAGGGUUAAGUGUAACUGGUUGCUUGGCUGAUUUUAAUGUCUAUAUCUUCCAUCCGUACGGUGGCAAAAAGACCAACACAAAAGAAGCUCAAUUCUCGCCACUCACUGACAGCGAACGUAAAGAUUCACUUAGCAUUAAUGUUGAAUUUGUUAAAUUCCAUAUUACCCGAUGUCGAAAGUUGUACAUUGAACCUUCACCCAGCUCGAAACGUGCCAUAGAUCAAUCACGAGCUGUUAUUCGAUUUUCCACAAUUGUAGACAUUGGAAGUGCAUCGUUUAAGUACGAUAUGCGUCGGCUAACAGAAAUUCUUGCUUUCCCCAAAGCAUGGUAUCGACGACGCAUUGUGCGGCGUCUAUUCCUGGGAGACUUGAGUGUUCAUCAUGGUGGUUGUUAUGACACAGAUUUGACUGGAUCAUCUACACCGAAAGAAGCCAACAUGAAAACACCAGUACUGAAUGAAUUCCGUGAUAAGCAACAAACUUCAACUAAAGAUCCCUACUAUGGCAAAGAUAGUAUGACAUUAGAUUUUGACAAAGAUUUGAGGAAAUUUGAUAAGCUGCAGGCAUUGGGUAAAUCAUCGUCGGCUGAAUCAAGCACGCCACCAUCGGAGAAGAGUCAAAUAACAGCAUGGGAAACGUUGGUGUUGUUUGCAGUUAAUUUUACAAGACUGAAUGUUCAAAUGAAUAUGGGCAACGUUAUGGGCAAUGUGGUUUGGCUAACAAAAGACUUCCAAAGCGAUGGUCGCCUAAGCAUUGGCAGCACUGGUUAUAAAAAAAUGUACAGUGGCAUUUAUUUGGGUGGAUCAUCGCUCGACGCUAAAGGUGGCAUUGUCGGUGGUAGCUUUGAAGUGAACAAAAUCAAUACCCGUUUCCAUAUUAAAGAGGAAUCUGGUGUGACACCAUAUCACACCAUGGGAUUGAGUUUUAUGGCUUUAGAGCUACGACUUGACUAUAUGGGCACCUCUGUACUAAUGACACGAGUAAGUUCCUUCUCGGCGGCCAUGAAAGAUGAAUGGAAGACACAAACGUCAUCAGAAGUAAGUGCUGUUGGAGGAGGAGGUCAUCAUACAAAACCUCGUGCAACAAUCUUAAUCCAUGGUGAUUUGUCAUGGGAUCAAUUGCAAAUAAUGAUUUCGAAAUCAACAACAGCUGAUCUCUUGAAAAUGUAUUAUAAAUUAGAAGAAUUCUUUACACAACAAUUUAAAUCAUCGAAGAGGGUAUUUUCAAGUCUUGAACCGAGAUUACAUGAUAGAAAUUCAAGUACCAAGAGACGACAGCAUUUAAAGAAGAAAACAAAUGGAGAUUGUCUGCCACAAGCUGACAACGCAAACACAGAUGCCAGACAUCACAGACACUGGCAGAAACCUCUGGACCAAGCAAUGGGCUUGGUAGUUCCAACUUUAGUAACUCGUUUGGGACGAAAUGGCAAUAUCUUAGGUGGAAGUGCAAAAUUACAUGGAAACAAUAUAUCCUUGGCCUGUUUCCAUGGAAUCAACUUUAAAUCAAAAUCUUGGGCUUUGUUUAGUUUAAAAGCUCCAUCUAUUAAUUUCGCCACUGAAGCACAUCAGUCACAGGAUACAAAAGAAGUCAUUGUCACCGAAACAUUGUCUUCUAGUUUAGGCCAAAACACACAGAGCCAACAACAGAAUCAUUCGAUGGCAAUUGUUAGUCGCAUCACUCGAAAUAUCAUCUUUCCACCACAAUUUAAAACUCUAAACGAAUGGUUCCAUUAUGCAUUUGCCAAUAGUGAAAUUGAUGCUGUUGAUCGUUUCCCAAUUUUGGAAAGAGAUCGUGAAAUUGCUACAAACUCCAUUGAACGAACCAGAAGUGGUGGUUCGACUAAUUCAUCAAAGUCACUUGAGCAUAACCAUAACCGGGAGGUUAUAUUUGCAUUGCCAAGCCUCCAAUUUAACUUUAAGACUGAACAUAGACAGGGACCGACAACGCCGGAACCAACUGAUGGGAAACCAGAAGUUAUCUGUAGUUUUAUCACAGAGUUUGAUGAUCAUAUAUUUGUGACUGUUGAUGCUGAUGCAUUUUUCUUCCUUCAUGACUUGAUAACCUCUUAUGUCAAAGAAAAGGAAAAGAUUGGAGUUCAAUCAGUUCGAGCUGCAUCACCAAAUCUAUCGCAAAAUCUAAGAAUCCAGCUAAAACCUUUAGUUACUGAAGAAAUAGCUAAGGAGAAGAAAGCGUCUAACGAAAAAACCGAAUCAGUAGAUUCAGUCGAUUCGUGUGAUAAGAAAGCAGCCAAUUCAAAUGAUGCCACCACAAUUGACUUGGAAUCAUUUGUCCGAGAUUAUCGUCACUUUGAGUGUCAGACAUGGCAUUUAGAGCCAACUGUUCGUUUACUAUCUUGGGCUGGCAAAUCAAUCGAACCUUACGGCAUUGAUUAUAUUUUAAAUAAAUUGGGAUUCUCACAUGCACGUACAACAAUUCCCAAGUGGUUGCAACGUGGAUUUAUGGAUCCAUUGGACAAAGUUCAGGCCAUAAUGAUGUUGCAAUUGCUAACACUCAUUAAAGAGAAUAAAAUAGAAAACUCAUCAAAGAAAUCUUCGAACUAGACAUAAGUGGUCUAACUUAAAACAAAACUAAAAAUAAUAAAUGUUAAUUAAUGUGCCGCAAUUUAUAUUAAAUAUUAAAUUAAAGAUAACUAAUAAAUGUUUAGAAUUUAAAUAAGCUUUUAACCAAAAAAAAAAUUAAAUAUUUAAUUAAUUCUAAUUGUUACGUAUUUUAAGAAGGGCAACAAAAAAUAAAUUAAAGGAACCUAUUAAUACAAAAA